GACCGGCCCGCUUCAUUCAGUCUUUGGCGAGAUUUUAUCGUGUGCGGACGUGUCUGCGGCUGACUUGCGACUUUGAAUUCGACUCCGAAUACCGAACCUCACUCGUUACUCACGCGACUUUAGAUGCAGUUUUGUAACAUUUGGCGCCACCAGCAAAAGACUCUGAGACUCUGAUUCGAUUGCAUUUACUACAAAUCACAUGCUAAAAGUGCCAACGAUAAAAAAAACCCCAAGUUCGUUAAUAUGAGUUCAACCUGGAUGAGAACGGCGACCUGGAUGCUGGGGUUCUUCUGCCUCCUGUGCCUCGCCUCGAUGGCCCAGGGAGCCGGCAAAUCAGGAGCGACUGCAGCGCCACUUUUGGCCAAGGAUGUGGCCCACUUGCACCACAAGACCAAGAGGCUGGACAGAAGAUCGGGAGCGGUAGCGGGAUCGGGAUCGGGAACGGGUCCUCUGACGGCCAUCAAACAGCACAAACAACUGGCCAGAAGUGCACAUGGCCUCAACAAGAAGCUGCUCAGCCAGAUGGGCUUCAUGAAGGUAAAGGCGCCCAACAGCCACAACCGGAAGCGACUGGCGGUUGAGUCACGACGCCAUUCCUCGCGCGAUGAUUCACACAUGUUCAUCAUCAAAUUGCCUCCAAAUAUGCACUACUAUGCAGGACCCGGUGCGAAGAAUGCCUUGCCGGACCAGCAGGACAAGUCGAUUGGUAGUAAUAGUGGUGGUGGUGGUGGUGUUGGCAAGAAACAUGGCAACGCACCCAGCAACAAGAUGACAGUGGCAGCAACAUCAGUGGCGGACACACGAGCAACAUCAAGCACGCCAGCAGCAGCAACAGCAGCAGAAGCAACAGCAACAUCGCAAGUUACUGAGGCGUCGGCGUUGAAAGCUAACGGGAAAAAGGUCUCGUUUCCCUUCAGCUCGAACGGCCGGCCCGGCCGCAUCUACCACUGGAACCUGCCUGUCCUGAAGGAGGCCCUCUCGAAGAAGGCCCACUUCGCCCAUGUCUCGGCGGCGGAUCGGAAUAGACUGCUGGACAUCCAGAGUGUGCCCACUUGGCGCCAGCCCUGGGAGAACGAGACCGCCGAGAAGGGCUUCAGUGCGGGCGGUGGGAAGGCCAAGUACCGCAAGUCCCUUAAGCCCAAGUCGCCCACUUAUUACGCACCCGCCCAGGCGGUCAGCAAGCAGAGCUUCCACAAGUAUUUCGCCGGCAAUGGCAAGCCCAAGGGCUUCUACGUCAUCAAGGAGCACCAGAACAAGCCGCAGUUUUACCAGAACAUCAUCUCGUAAUGGGGCUCCUCCUAGGGCUCAUCUAAAAUACCUUCGAAAGACUGUUGUGCCGGGCGUUCUGUUUUCAAUCUUUUCGGGGGUUCCCCCAUUCCGUCCAGUUUCCGCUUGGAGUAACCAUUCCGAGCAACACCAUCCUAGUUCUGAACUCUGCAGCAACUGUCAAACAAUUGCGGAGGGUAAAGUCUAUUUUUAUAAAACGGCAAUGAAUACAAUAACAGAGAUGGGCUGGUCCAAGGAGGCAUUGAAAGUGAUUAAGCAUAUCGAUACAUUUUUCAAUAAAUCUUAUGAUUUUCAUAUCUCUAAAAAUUCAAACUUAAGUGGGUCAAAGACUAUAUUAAAUUUAAAACCUUUAUUAAAUUGAAAGCUAUGUUGAUACUGCAAAAGGCCCACGGACAACAUUUAAAUUUUGUGUUCCAAACGGUUUGCUCUUGAUUUUAAACGAGGUCUUUGAGAAAAAUAGUCCACACAGACUAUGAGCACAUAUAUGGAAAUUAUAUUUUUUUCUUAAACUUUGGAAAAUAUUAUUUUUGAUUUGUGAACCCCAAAAUCCACGGAGGUUAUCCCUCUUUAAGACCAGCCCAGACUGCAUAUUGCUUAGCAUCUGCGGCAAGCAAUAAAUUAUAUCAUACAUCAAGCUAGGUUUAAGUGCAUAAACGAUUUUGUUUUGAUAAAUAAAUAUUGACUGAUUUUUAAA